AUGGCGGAGGAGCAUUUCGACGUUCUCACCAAAUCCGGCGAGAAGACCGGUCUCACUAAACCCAGAGGAGAGAUUCACAGAGAUGGAGAUUACCACCGUGCAGUUCAUGUGUGGAUCUUUGUGGAGAGCACUCGAGAGCUGCUUCUCCAGCUCCGAUCUGAUGAUAAAGACUCUUGGCCAGGACAAUGGGACAUCUCUAGUGCUGGUCAUAUCUCAGCUGGUGAUCCAUCGCUUGUCUCGGCUCAGCGUGAGCUCCAGGAAGAGCUAGGCGUUAAACUUCCAAAGGAUGCAUUUGAAAAGAUAUUCGUCUUUCUGCAAGAAUGUGUCACAAACGAUGGGAAGUUCAUAAACAAUGAGUUCAAUGAUGUGUAUCUUGUUACAGUCCUGCAUCCAAUCCCACUGGAAGCCUUUACUCUUCAAGUUGAGGAAGUCUCUGCUGUGAAAUACAUACCUUACGAAGACUACAGAAAGUUUCUGGCUAAGGAAGAUCCUGCUUAUGUGCCAUAUGAUGUAAAAGGAGAGUAUGGAAAACUAUUUGACAUCAUCAGGCAGAGGUGCCAAGUGAACACUGAGGCUCGUGUUUUGUCUCUUCAGAAGCAACUCCAAAGAUACUCUCCUGUCACCCUCGAAGCAAAUUUGACAGAACUUUCUGAGGCAGAUCAGAAAGCGUUGAGUCUAAUUGUGAAGGCUGCAAAAAUUGUGGACGAUAUAUUUUAUGAGCAGGUUUGGCACAGCAAUCCAGCUCUAAGAGAUUGGCUGAAGGAUCAUGCCAAUGUAUCAGAACUGGAUAAACUCAAAUGGGAUUACUUCUUGAUCAACAAAAGUCCAUGGUCGUCUCUUGAUGAAAAUGAAGCAUUCUUGACUACGGCGGAUUCAGCUGUAAAGUUGCUUCCUGAAGCAACAAAAUCCAUUUCUGGCUGGAAGGGUCUUGAGUACAGAGCAGCCUUUCCUCUGACUAAACCACCUGGUGCCAAUUUCUAUCCUCCCGAUAUGGAUAAAACGGAGUUCACCUUAUGGCUCAAUAGUCUUACAGAAGAGCAAAAGCAUGUUGUAACAGGAUUUUUCAGUAUUAUUAAGAGGCUAAGUGAAGCUAAUCAAGAUGCAUCUCUAUCUGACCAUCUCGCCAGCAGUAUAGAGAACUUACCAGACUCUAAAUUGGAUCUGUAUAGUAUUCCCUAUUCAGAAAUAUAUCGACCUUUCCUCACGAAAGCUUCGGAACUUUUGCACAAAGCUGGGGACUUGGUCAGUACACCGAGCUUGAAGAAGCUGCUGCAUAGCAAAGCUGAAGCCUUCCUUUCAAAUGAGUACUAUGAGUCAGACAUUGCAUGGAUGGACUUGGAUUCGAAGUUGGAUAUUACCAUUGGUCCAUAUGAGACGUACGAAGAUGAAAUCUUCGGGUACAAGGCUUCAUUUGAAACCUUCAUCGGUAUUCGAGAUGAUAAAGCCACAGCUGAUCUGAAACUCUUUGGUGACAAUCUAAAGCUAUUGGAAGAUAAUCUCCCGCUUGACAAAGUAUACAAGUCAGCUGAUGUAUCUGCUGCUCCUAUUCGGGUCAUCCAGUUAAUUUACAAUUCCGGAGAUGUGAAGGGACCUCAGACCGUUGCUUACAAUUUGCCAAACGAUGAGAAAAUCGUCAAAGACAGAGGAACAUCAAUGGUUAUGCUUAAAAACGUUCAAGAAGCAAAGUUUGAGCAUAUUCUAAAGCCUAUAGCUGAAAUUAUCAUCAGCAAAGAACAGCGAGGAUAUGUUGAUUUUGAUUCUUUCUUCACUCACACCAUCUGCCAUGAGUGUUGCCAUGGCAUUGGUCCCCAUACCAUAACACUUCCUGAUGGUCAAUCUUCUACAGUGAGAAAGGAACUACAAGACGUCCAUUCUGCAAUGGAAGAAGCAAAGGCAGAUAUAGUUGGUCUUUGGGCACUCAAGUUUCUCAUCACCAAGGGUCUGCUUUCCAAGAGUAUGCUGGAGAGUAUGUAUGUUUCUUUCCUAGCUGGAUGCUUUCGAUCCAUCCGGUUUGGUCUCACAGAAGCUCAUGGGAAAGGACAAGCGUUGCAAUUCAACUGGUUGUAUGAAAAAGGAGCCUUUGUUUUCCACGAGGACUCUACAUUCUCGGUUGAUUUCGCCAAGGUCGAAAGUGCAGUUGAGAGUUUGAGCCAGGAGAUACUAACCAUUCAAGGAAGAGGUGACAAAAACGCAGCAACAUCGCUUUUAAACAAGUACUGCACUAUCACUGGGCCAUUGAAAACCGCUCUGGAGAAGCUCGAAAGCGUUAAGGUACCGGUGGAUAUUUCUCCGACGUUUCCAUUAGCAGAUGCUUUGAUGAAGUGA